AUGUUUCUAAUUUCGAAAUUUCGCAGCACAAUUGCUUCUUCUUCGCCUUCAAAUAUUACUAAACGAUCGAUCCAGAGCCAUGUCUAUGCUCCAGUUUCUAGCCCUGUGAAGCAGUUUGAUCAUAAGACAUCCAUAGUACAUUUACACGAAUUUAAUAUCAAGAAGGUCAAGAAUAUACUUAUUGCAAACCGAGAUGAUCCAUUCAAGAGCUUAGAGAUGAUUGACGCCAUUCAAGGUUUAGGCAUUGGUCUCCAUUUCCGACAAGAGAUCGAUCAAACCCUUCACAAGAUUUACAAAGAAUGCAUCCAACUCGACGGAUACUACGGCCGAGAUCUCCGUGAAGUUGCACUUUGCAUUCGAUUGCUAAGGCAAGAAGGUCACAAUGUCCAAGAAAGUAUUUUGGAUAAUAUACUAGACAAGAAGAGUGGAACCGUCUUCCUAAAAAAUGAUCUAAAAUGUCUAAUAGAAUUGUAUGAAGCUUCUGAGCUCGGUGUAGAAGGCGAAGAAACACUUAAUCGCGUGAAAGAAUUCACAUUCAACCGCCUUAAUGAACUUUGCUCGGGUCGAGAAAGUCAUCACAAGCGAGAGAUAAUGAGUUCUUUGGCACAACCUCGCCACAAAACGUUAAGAAGAUUAACGUCCAAGAGUUUGACUCGUGAAGAAGAUAAUGAGUGGUUACAAUCUCUACUACGAGUGGCAGAGAUCGAUUCCAUCAUGUUGAAGUCAUUGUUUCAAGAAGAAAUAUCUCAAGCACUCAAAUGGUGGAGAGAGCUUGGUUUAGAGAAAGAGCUGAGGAAGGCAAGAAAGCAGCCACUUAAAUGGCACAAAUGGUCCAUGGGGAUUCUUCAAGAUCCGACCUUAUCCAAACAAAGGCUUGAUCUGACCAAAUCAAUAUCGCUUGUUUAUGUUAUAGACGACAUUUUCGAUGUCUAUGGGGAGCUAGAAGAACUCACCAUCUUCACACAAGUAGUUGAGAGAUGGGACCAUGAGGGUCUUGAGAAGCUACCGAGGUACAUGAAGGUUUGCUUUGAAGCUCUAGAUAUGAUCACAAUGGAGAUCAGCAUGAAGGUCCUCAAGGAACAUGGUUGGAACCCAACGGACUCUCUUCGAAAAUCGUGGGCAAGUUUGUGUAAAGCAUUCUUGGUAGAAGCCAAAUGGUUUAAGUCGGGUUACAUGCCGAAUACCGAAGAGUAUAUGAAGAAUGGUAUUGUGAGUUCAGGCGUUCAACUAGUGAUGCUCCAUGUUUACUUCUUGUUGGGAGAAGAACUAACAACAGAUAAUGUCGAGCUAAUCGAGAGAAACCCCAGGAUUGUAUCGUCCGCAGCUACAAUCCUCAGGCUCUAUGAUGAUCUCGGAAGUGCCAAGGAUGAGAACCAAGAUGGGAUUGAUGGAUCAUACGUAGAGUGUUACCUGAACGAGCACAAGGGAUCAACUGUUGAGGAAGCAAGAACACAUGUUGCUCAGGAGAUAUCUAAAGCAUGGCAAUGCUUGAACAGAGAGUGUUUGAAUCCAAGACCAUUCUCAAGAUCAUUCUCAAAAGCUUGUCUCAACAUUGCAAGAACAGUUCCUUUAAUGUACAGCUACGAUGAUGGUCUCAACCAAUAUCUCAAGUGUAUAACAUUAAAAUGA